GUGACUCCAUGGAGAAGAGCAGUGUGCCUGACUGUCACUCAGCACAGGCUCUGCUGCCAUUUUACAACAACUCCUCUCUUUGCAACUAGUUUUUACCUCGUGUUUUCUUCUUUUCCUUCUUUUUUGCUCGACAGUUUCCUUUAAAGGACGCACAUUAGAGCAUCAUGUUGUUGACGCUGAGUUGUGCGCGUCAGCUCUUUAAAAUGUUCCUCUCGCUGCACGUUGUUUUUCUCAGCGUGGCGACGACGGUGGAGAGCAGCGAUUCUUCUGCACAAGACUGCAUAAAGUCCAGUGGUGUGGACUACAGAGGAGAGCAGCAGAGCGCCUCCUCAGGUCUGACCUGUCAGAACUGGACCAACACAACCAGAGACUAUGAUGUCCUGAUCCAUCCUGAUUCACACACUGGUGUCGGAGAUCACAAUUACUGCAGAAACCCAGAUUCCUCUCAGGGGCCCUGGUGCUACAUUGUUGGCCCAGACCAGUCGGUCCAGAGACAGUUCUGUGCAAUUGACGCAUGCAAAGAUGAAGCGUCUCCAGUGCCAGCAGAGACUGAAGUCCUCAAACCGACAAGAGAGAGCUUCCAGUCUGUCAAGUCAGGAGAGUCUCCUGGAGAUGUGGCUGCCGUGCAGCCUGUGGUGGGGAUCAGCCAGAGAGUGCAGUCAGGAUCCAAAAAGAAGAAGGACCUCGGCACAACCGGCUAUGUCCUCGGCAUACUCAUGAUGGCGGUCAUCAUCAUCCUUGGAGUCGGCAUCACGUUGGGCUACUUCUACAAGAGGGGUCGGGACUUGAAGAAGCAGCACGACCAGCGAGUGCACGAGCGCGAGAUGCAGAGGAUCACGCUGCCCCUGUCCGCCUUCUCCAACCCCACGUGCGAGCUGAUCGACGAGAACACCAUCGUCAUCACGGCGGAGCACGACGCCACGCCGGUGCAGGAGGCGGGCGCGGAGGGCGGCGGUGACCCCCUCAUGGGUCAACACAACGGCACCCCCGGAGCAUGAGUUUACAGGACUGCGUUAAACAUGUUUGUGUGGACCAAAAAACACUCCACCAUCUCUACGUCUUUCUCCUUGUUUUUUUGCGUUUUUCCUGAGUACACUCUGUUUUGCAAAAAAAGGAGAAAAGGAGACGUCUUCACUCCAAAGACUUGAACUGAAUGCUGUGUCCUUUCUGUCCCGCUUUAUAAGAUGCAAGGCACAAAAAAAGAUAAAGGGGAUGCACGGAGGACACCGUCUUAAAAACCAUCAAGGGUAACAAUGUGUGGAUAAUGAAGAAAUUGUCUUUAAUAUUCAUAUUUGUAACACUUGAUGGCCAAGAAUAUAAAAGCCAUGGGCUCCCCCUUUAAGUCUUUAAAUACCAGUAUGUAUAUUGAGUGUAACGUCCAGUCAGGUGGACGCUGAUGAUAUAAGUGUUAAUGAUAAAAGGUGUUAGAUGUUUUGGGGGGGGGGACCAUGUGGAGCUGGUGUUCUCCACAGGUUUGGUCACAUGGUCUUCAUUUGUAUUGAGCCACAGGCACAGACCAAAAACAAAUGUUUGUCCUAAUUUGUCUUUGAGACAAACCAGAGAUGCAGAUUAGUGUUACAAAACUAAGAAAAGGUCCACCUCCUCUGAGACAGGAUGAGGUAAAACAGGCCCACGAGAGACAAAAAAAAAAGGCCUUUAACUCAGAAAUUGCCUUAGCAUGAUCCUUCUGAAUGUAUUUUUGUUUUUUUCCCUAGAUUAUUAUUGUUCUAUAUUUUUCUCUUUAUACUUGACUGACAGGCUGUUGUUAUUAAAAAAAAAAAGAAGCAUGACAGAGGUGAACUGAAA